UAGAAACCACAUUCCGAGAGAAAUGCGGUUCUGAUACUUAAACCAAGACUGUGUCAUACGUCAGUCCGCGGUUCGCCAUUAGAGACAAGGAGAUUAUUUUCCUGAGAAAAUGGGCCGACACUUCGGAGACCUUUCCAGAAUCAGGCAUAUCAUCACUUACACCCUGUCUCCCUUCGAACAGAAGGCGUUUCCCAACUACUUUUCCAAAGGAAUCCCCAAUGUGUGGAGACGGUUCAGAUCGCAGGUGUUUAAAGUUGCACCUCCAUUUGUGCUGAUGUAUCUGACCUACACUUGGGGAAACCAAGUAUAUGAACAAGGAAAGAGGAAGAACCCAGCUGACUAUGAGAAUGACCAGUGAAUUCCAGUCUAAUCAUCUUCUAACUUCACAGCCCUAUUGGGUUAUGUUUCAUGUGUCCUUAAUCUGUGCAAAAUAAAGGAAAUAUUUAUUACUA